CACUGUUUAACAGAGGUCAACGCAAAGAGCAGUUUUUCACUAAUUUUGUGCGAGUUCAGAUUGCAUCUCCAGGUCGAAAAGAAAUCCGGGUUGACCGUGUUCUAGUGUUGAUUUAAUUCGAUUUGCCAUAGCUUUUAAACUGGUACAAAGUAUGGCCGGCAAAUACCGUAUCGUAAUGGUCCGCCACGGCGAAUCCGAGUGGAACCAGAAGAAUCUCUUCUGCGGUUGGUUUGAUGCCAACCUUAGCGAUAAGGGUAAGGAGGAAGCGUUGGCCGCCGGAAAGGCCAUCAAGGAAGCCGGAUUGAAAUUUGAUGUGGCCCACACUUCUCUGUUGACCCGCGCCCAGGUCACCUUGAACUCGAUUCUAACCGAAUCUGGACAAACCGGUAUCCCGAUUGAAAAGACCUGGCGUUUGAAUGAGCGUCAUUAUGGUGGCCUAACGGGAUUGAACAAAUCCGAAACUGCUGCCAAGUACGGAGAGGAACAGGUUCUGAUCUGGCGACGAAGCUUCGAUGUUCCGCCGCCAAACAUGGAACCGGAUCAUGCCUAUUACGAUGCCAUUGUGAAGGACGAACGCUACAAGGGAGACCCGAAGCCGGAAGAGUUCCCCAUGGCUGAAUCGUUGAAACUGACCAUUGCGCGUACGCUGCCCUAUUGGAACGACGUUAUCAUUCCCCAAAUCAAAGCAGGAAAGAACAUCAUCAUCGCUGCCCACGGAAACAGUCUGCGCGGUAUCGUUAAGCAUCUGGACCAGAUGACCGAUGAGGCCAUCAUGGGACUGAAUCUCCCCACCGGUAUUCCGUUCGUGUACGAAUUGGAUGAGAACAUGAAGCCGGUCGUUUCGAUGAAAUUCCUUGGCGAUGAGGAAACUGUUCGCAAGGCCAUCGAAUCCGUCGCUAAUCAGGGUAAGGCUAAGUAGGUUUGUCCGGGUUUAACUAGGUUAAUUACCUAAAUUAUUAAAAAGAAACAGAAAUUAAAUAAUUAAACAGUAUGCCGUGAAAACACAAGAAAUCCGUACUGUUAAGCGAAUAAAUAAAGUGGAUAGUCCUUCAAUAAAAUACAUGUCUACCUAGUCUA